AUGCUUUGGUAAGUUUUUUGCACUUUUUCGGCUUUUCGGUUCCUUUUUCCCAUUUUUCGUUCUGGAGCGUGUGUUGACACAAGAAGAGAGUGAAGGAGAGAGAAAGAGAGACGGACUUGAUUAGUUGGUGGGAUGAAUGUUUGGCCGUUUGGAAAACUGAAAAAUGAGACUUCCCUAGCCGAGAAAUCUGCAAUUUCUAAUGAGUUAAUUCUGUUUGAUUGAGGCUUGCUCAACUUCUUUCUGUUUGACCUAGCGAUUUGACGUGAAUUUCUGAAAACCGACUAUACAUUUCCCCAUAUUUUGCGUCUCCAGGUGUCUUCAACUGCUCUUCGCCACUUCUUCGGUCCUCGCCCAACAAUGCUCCGAUCAGGAAUACGAGUUCACCUACACCAAUUGCGACGAGAAUGGCGAACGAUGGCGAGUAGCGGUGCCACGUGGCGGCGUCCAGUGCUCCAACCUGCCCAAACCGCAAAAAGGACUUAAUUGCUGUGAGCGAGUUUGCGCUUCUUUUUUUUGUCAACGCGUAAUCGCAACGUUUUUCAGCGUUCUCUUGCGAACCCGGUCACUAUUUGGACCUGGACAGCCAGCAUUGUCGGCCGUGUAACGCGGGCUACUUCAGUCUGGGCGGUGGCAUUCGCUACGAGGAAUUUGUGACGUUGCCAUCGGGUUUUUCGGUGGACAACUUCGACUCGAGCCUCGAUUCAAGUGCUCCGUACUCUUCUGCAAGUCAGCAGAUUGAGUGUCCGAAAGAGUAAGAUGUGUGGAAUCCAAAAAAAACAACACCUUUCUCUUUCUCAAGAUCCGGUUGGGUUGUGAAGGACGGCGAGUUGAUCUAUGUUCCGACGCCGUGCGUUUCAAGGCUCUCCUUUUCGGCAAAUCUCGUCCGACCGGGAUCAGUGGAGUUUACCUACAGGUAGGCCGGCUUCACAGAGAAAAAGUCAACUUCUGCCACCUCUCAGAAUGCCCCGUAACAACCGAGCGCUCUCAAUGCAAGUGGACAUUCGAAACGAGCAGUGUCAAAGCUACAAUGAUGUGGCGAAAUCCAUGUUUUUGAAGUAUACAAAGAAGGAGAAGGACGAAGAGGAGAGGAACGGAGAGUGGCGGAAACGACGGAUUGAGUUGAAGAGCGGCGCGAACGUAAUCUCGUGGAUUAUCUCGAACAAUCUCGGCUAUCAAGCCUCCAACCAGCCGAUCCAUCUCGAUCGCAUCGACGUUCUCGGCCUCGCGUUCACCCGCCAAUGCACCGCGUGUCCGCCUGGCACCUCUUCCAUCGCCGGAUCCGGGGAAUGCCUGCCAUGCGAGCCCGGGUUUUUCUCCUCCAAAGGCUCGGCCAAAUGUGGCAAGUGUCCCGAAUCGCAAUAUUCCGGCUACAAAUCCGAAAAGUGUCUGGACCGUCCGGCGUGCCGACUCUCCGACUAUUAUCCGGUUCGUGAGCCGUGCACGAACGGCUCGAGUCGUGCCGUCUACAAGAAAGUACUGCCGACUGUUUGUCGAGAUGACCUGCCGAGCGCCACGAAGCUUCCACCGCCCACACCUUGGAAAACGUGUCCAAAGUGCAAUCCGGGCAUGGAGAAGAACAAGAUGGGCGUGUGUGAGUUCUGCAAAAAGGAUUACUUUUCCGAUGGCAAUUGUGAGUUAACCUGGGCUCAUUUUAAAUUGUUCAUGUCAAAAACUUUGCAGCUUGUGCUCGCUGCCCAGUGGAUACGGUGCCAAAUUACGGGCUACAGUACCAGCAGUGGCAAGUGAUUCCUCCGAAGUUGACGACUCGAUGCGAAUACAUUUCGGAAGGUGAGUUUCAAAAAGCAAAGAACAUCUAGUAGCAUCGUUCUCAAUUCAUUUAGACGUGGCCAAUUCGUGCAACAUUGGCGACGCGUGGAUUGCCUCGGGCGACUCGCUCAUCUCCGCUCCAUCACUGGAACUCGGAAUCGCCUUCGAACUCAUUCUCUCCAUCGACGAAGGCUUCUGGAACCCGCUGGCCCCGAAACCGUCAAAAACCAUGAAAGUUCCGGUGGCACAAGUGACGAUCGUCUUUGAAACCUCGUGCGCGGACGCCUCCUGUGCCCUGUACUUUAUAGAAGACGUGACUGCUGGGCAAGGUCCCUCAGCCAAAGAAUCCUUCUAUCACUUCUUGGCAGCGUUCAAUGGCACCAAUUCGAAGCGGGUCUGGAGUCACACAGUCACCAAAAACACGCCCGCCCGGUUCAUGAUCGCAUUCCUCCGUUCGGGAGUGUCCAGCGGAGAGGAUCGCAUCACCGACGAAGCGCGAAUCUACUCGAUCAACGUGACCAACGUCGGACAUCGAGGCGGUCAGGGCGGCGGAGCAUCUCAGUGUCUGACUUGCCCACAUACCGCCGGCGGAGAGACUUGUGUGCCGUGUCCGGCCGGAAAUUACAUGCACGAGACGACAAAGUUGUGUGUUCGCUGCCCGACCAACACAAUCGUCAACGUGACGUCGGAUCGCGUCAGCAUCGAGAGUUGUAUUCCGUGCGGGCAGGGGCUCGUUUCCAAGGACGGAGUCACUUGCACUGCAAUCGGAAAGGUUCAGCUGACGUCCGAGAAGGAAACGGACGUCGCGUACACCUAUGACUUUUCCGCGUUCGUCGGCAGGUCGUGGAACGUCUCCGGGGUCCGGGUGUUCUCUCGAGAGGGUUCCGCCUACUACCACUCGUUCAACGUCGCCCUAUUCCCGCCGACGAUCAAGUGUCAGGAGCAGUUCGACAACUUUGACAUGAUCGGACUUUUGGAUGAGACGAGAGAAAAUGUGGACGGGCUCGCGUGUCGGUUGACGGCUCUUCCGACUGCCAGCUCGAACCGCUCAAAGACCGCCUACGUGACACCGCUUCUACUGGCCGGAAGAUUGAAUUCUAUCUCUCUGAACAAAACUCAUGGAAAUGUGAGCUUGACGGAUCAAGUGUUGGAGUACGGUAAGUUAGUUUAUCACGAGAACUAGACCCCUUUUCCACUUUUCCCCUUCUUUCAGACUCCCAUGACAACACGUCGCUGCCGUUGGACGUCUUCUUUUGGUUUGACUCGAUUCCAACCAUCUCCCCCGCUUGUCCAAACGGAAAUCAGCUUGUGGUGGUGGCUCGUUGUCAACCGACCAAAAAACAGAUCGAGAUGAGAUUGCCGCAUAACUGCCCCGAUGGAACUUGUGACGGUUGCCUCUUCGUGAUGAUCAUGGAAACGGCGCAAGCUUGUCCGGUCUGUGAGGCCAACGACUACGAGACGAUCAACGGAGAGUGUGUCAACGGAAAACAGACCAUUCAUAGCAUUCCCAAAAAGUUUGUAAUUCCGCAAUACAUAUAUUUAUCUAAACUAUCGCUUCCAGACACUGCGUGAUCACAGGAGUUGCUUCACAAACGAAAGAGGUGACGUGCAGCGCGUUCACCGCCUUCCAAAGGACCAUUUUGUCCAUUCUCGUGCUGUCCAUGAUCGUUUUGACGAUCGGAUUCGUGUUCAUUUGUCGAAGGAAUCGACGAUUGGAGUACAAGUAUACGCGGCUGAUCGAGUCGCACACCGGAGAACUUCCGGCCGUCGAGACAUGCGGUUUGGAUGAGGACGAGGAUGAUGAUGAGGUGAGUGGGUUCAACUAGUCGAUUCUGAAGUUUGUACAUCUCCACUAGACUAUGAAGUUGUUGGAUUACCGUGAGGUACACCAAUACCAUUUAUUCAAGACGUUUUAUCUUAGCUGCUUGUGGAGAUGAAUAGUUUUGAAUGAACUGUAUCAGGAUGUUCUUCUAGUUAUACGAUAGUUUUACAUAAAAGUUCUAAAAUACUCAUUUUUCAGCUGCAAGACCGUGUAAUCUUCUCAAAAGGCCGUCGCUCGGCGCCAUCCGCCAACUCUAGAACCACUCUACGGGACCACCGGGAGAACGACAAUGCCGCUUUUAUCUCGCUGGACAGUGAAGACUAA